GACGACGGUUAAGGCGAAUAUUGCUGUCUCAUUUGUGAAGGAAUACUUUUUAGGAAAAUAUAUUCAGUACUUGGUCGUUUUCGGAUGUUGGAGCUCUUUCGAUAAGAUGGAUUUUUUUCAAAGAGAUUUAUUGACCAAUCUAACAAUAUCUUACGUGUCUAUUAAAGAAAAUCUCGACAUAAAUAACAUUCUCAGAGUUAAUUAUUAUAAACUUGGUAUUAUCCUUGAUAUCGAUUGUCCGCAAAGUGAAAUCAUUCUGGAACAGUUUAAUGGAAAUCAGUUGCCUUACAACGAAUCUUAUUUUUGGCUUAUGAUAACUGAAUCGAAUUCAGUUCCAAUAAAUUUAUUCCGAGAUCUACCACUUUCCAUAGCAACUGAAAUUACAGUGGCAUUACGCGAAAACAAUAGUUAUACUCUUUACGAUGUUUACAAUUUUAGUCAUCGACAUGGAGGUAAGCUCAAUGUUACUUACAUGGGUUACUGGACUUUCAACGAUGGAUUGAGGAACGAAUUAACUCAAUACAAGUACAAGCGUCGUCAAAAUUUUCAUAAACUCGCCUUGAACGUUUCUAUUCACGUUGAUCACGAUCCUUUACCUGAUUUUCACACGUAUAUUUUAAAUCCGAUUAAUCGUCACGUAGAUACAAUGAUGCGUUAUAAUUAUGCUUUGAUUGUACAAUUAAUGGAUUAUUAUAAUAUAACUAUGAAUCUAAGCAGGGGAACAACCUGGGGAUAUCUUAACAAUGGCACCUGGAAUGGUAUUAUCGGGGACAUGCUUCGUGGAAUAGUAGAUAUAAGUGCUACUCCUUAUUUAUUUAAAGCAGCAAGGAUGGAUGUAUGCGAUUACACGGUGCAGUCUUACAUAGCAAGGGCGAGCAUAAUUUUUCGUCAUCCAAAAACUAGCGACGUACGUAACGUGUUUCUUAUGCCAUUUACGGAAGACGUUUGGUAUUUGAUCCUAAUCGUAGCAGUCAUUUAUUGGUUAUUAUUAUUACUUACGGUUAAAAUUGAAUUGUAUUACGAUAAUUAUCCAAAAAAGUGUACUUUGGAUACUAAUCCUGCUUCGGAAACUGCUUUGAUAACAAUCGCUGCUAUUUGCCAACAAGGUUUGAGCGAUGGUCCACGAAUUUAUUCUGGACGCAUAGUAUUUCUUUCAUUGUUUCUUUGGGGAUUACUUCUUAUUCAAUUUUAUUCGGCCAGCGUGGUGGGCUCGUUGUUGUCGGAACCACCAAGGUUUAUAAAUACUCUGAAGGAUUUAGCUGAUAGUAGCCUUGACGUUGGAAUUGAGGACAUGGCUUAUAAUUACGAUGUUUUGGCCAAAUCACCGAAUCCGGACGUACACGAGCUCAAUCGGAAAAAAAUACAGACCAGCAAAAAACGAAAGGUCGAGCCUUUCUUGACUGCUGAGGAAGGUCUGAAAAAAGUGAAAAAAGGUGGCUAUGCUUUUCAGGUUGACGUUGCUACAGCUUACAAAAUAAUCGCGGACACUUUUUCGCAAGACGAAAUUUGUGAUUUAGCAGAAAUCCAACUGUUUCCACUUGAACGCAUCGCGACUGCUGUUAAAAAACAUUCGCCCUUUAAGAAGAUGGUUACUUACGGAUUGAGGAAAAUUGUUGAACACGGUGUGCCAGGACACUUGAGGUAUGUGUGGCAACCAGGACGGCCUCAAUGUCCUGAAAGUCACAGCGCAAAACCAGUUCCAGUUGCAUUAAAAGAAUUUAGUCCAGCUUUAUUGUCUCUUUUCAUGGGCGUAGUCUUGGCUCUUUUCGUAAUGCUCAUGGAAAUGUAUAUGGAACGCCGUAAACGUCGAGGUCAAAUGGAAUCAUCCUUGCAACCAUCACCUUUGGAAGUAGCAUCAAAUUUGUGCUUUUCUGAUUUAGAUCAAUUUGAUUUUCAUACCGUUGAACCGGAGGAUGUAUCCAAUUAAUUUUUUGUUCCUUUUAUUGCAGUAGUUCGUGGGUUUGUAAUAGCAACAAUGUAUCGUAAAAAAUACAUUAAUCAUAGAGCGA